ACCUACGAUAAUAGUAGUAUCCGAAAAGUGCUUGUGAAGAGUAGAAAAAAAGUUGCCGUAACUAAAAUUUUAUUUUUUGCUCAUCUAAAAUAAUCGACAGAUUCAAAUCAGAACUACAUAACCAUGCAGCUACUGAAAAGGAAAGCCUUCUACUUCACCCUCCUGAUUGUUCUCCUCAGCGUCUGCUUGGAGGAAACGGAAGCCCGACGAAAGAUUCUCCGCGGCCGACGAACGGUAACCCGAACUUAUAAACGAGGAACUCUCAUUCCAGCAUGGGCCAUCAUCGCACUGGUAGGAGUUGUAUACAUGAUUAUUGGAGGGCUUUCGUAUCUAGUGUUCCGAAAAGUGGUUCUUCAAACGCCUUUAGAGAAUGUUAACUCCUACACACCAGCCAUGAUGCAAGAUCACGAGUGAAUAGGGUGCCGUUGAUAAAUCGUGAUAUUGAAUACCACCUUAGUGUUUAAUACAUCGCCUCUACUAAGAUACAUACAAAAAGUACAUUAAAAAGUGAACCGUUUACGAAGCAAUGAUCAUGUUUUGCUAAAUUUGAUUUUACUUUACAAAAAUCGAGACCAAGAAUGCCAGUGAAUUAAAUUAAAGUAACACACAUGUAUUUGACGGAUCCUUAAAACGAAUAAAAAGUUCUAAAAAUUCAACAAAUGUUUUGAAUAAAUAAAAAAAACUGAC